UUGGCAGCCCCCAAUUCCCCCAGAACUUAUCAUCCCACCCCGAUCGCCGACUGUCACGCUCCACGGCCAACUGCCGGAUUAGGAAGGCGAGAUAUCUCACCUGGGGUAACAUCGCCUUGACGCACGAGGAUCAACCCUCCUCCGACGAACCAGAGCUUCGCCAUGGCCUGUGAUAUCGCCUGCCACCCCGGACCCCCGAUGCAUCCAUUUGAAGCUCAAGCCCUGUUUAGAGAUGGAGAUGGGGAGCAACAAUGAAGGUGGCCCAAGUCUCCAAGAUCUCAUAGGUCGGAACUUUUGGAUUUGAGUGGGCGCUGAGGCCAUCAACAUCACCAACACCGACAUUCACAACCUGCAAAGCGACCUCAUACGCAUCAGCUGCCAUUAAUUCGGGUCCAUAGACUUUUGGUCUAGCAGGACAGAAAAGCCGUCGUUUCUCGACCAUCCUACAGGGGUCAGGCGCGAGAGUUCGGGAAUCCACCGCAUCCUGAAUUUAUGCAUAAAAAAGCCUUGGCACUGCCGUUCCGAGGACCGUACCGGUCUUAGGACUGGACGUUGAGGUAUUGCUAAUGGCGAUUAGUAUUCGACAACUCGAUAUCAUUGGCGGCAUUUGGCUCGGACAACUCUCACCUUGUACUGCUCGAAGAAUGGGGUUGGAAGACCACUCCAAUGGGCCGUUCAAAUGCCGAUGUUGUCACCGCUGCAUUUCCGUUUAACAGCGGCGCCCACAACAGCUGUUUAUCGAGGCUCUAUCCGCUUCUCUCCCGUGCCCGCGGGACGCGUAUCUCCACCACGCGAUAUUGAUCCUCGGAAUGUUGGCUUCUUGUCUUGUAAGUCCUGGUAUCAUUCAAAGCUUACUGGUUGUAUCUAACCAGGUGACGACAGAGGGCUUGACAUGCCUGCAAAAACUGUCUACCGCCCAAUCUCAAAGUCACUUGCGACCAUCUGAUAGCUUUGUUGCAUUGCCAAGCCGGCCUAGCAUGCCUCCUCUCUCACCCAGCUUGCUGCAUCACCAAUAUCGCCGUCAAUCAACUUCCUAUUUUUGAUUUUGUCGCACAAGCUUCUGAGAUGGCUGCUUUAUGUCGCCACAUGGCGCCAUUGGUACUCUCCUUCCCCUUUCCGCAGACCGUGUCGUCUUAUCGACUUGGGUUCACUUGUUGUGCAACCGCCAGUGCAACUUUUGGCGACAUAUCCAAGUUUGACAGGUUCAUCCCGACUUGGACCCUGCGGCGGUGGCUGUUUUCCGAGCAAGGGUCCGAAUCAUGUACGUACUGUUUCUCGAAGCGCGCCCCGGAACUCUGUCUGCAAGCAGUAAUGCACCAUCGAGGGCCUGGAUGAGCCAGCCACUUACAUGACAUGCAACGGACGAACAUCGAGCCUCACUCGGUUUCAAUGACGAGGAGGAAAUCUAUAUAACAGCUUUCAACGACCCACGAUAUUCGGUCUCUUUUCACUCCUCACCCCUCAUCCUCUCCUACAAUCCCAACUCCAACUCCUGCAUCUCGGUCUAUCGACAGUCAAAAUGGUCGGUUUCAAGCAACUCGCGCUGCUCGCAGCUGCUACCUGCGGCUUCGCUGCUCCCACUCUCAAGGAGAGAGCUGCCGAGACCAUGGUCCAGACCCGGGCUGAGAACAGCUACAUCAUCACCCUCAAGAGCUCCGUCGGCUCCCAGGGCCUCACCUCUCACUUGAGCUGGGUCAACGAUGUUCACUCUCGCAGCCUCGACAAGCGCCAGUUCACCGGCGCCGAGCGCACCUACUCCUUCAACUCCUUCCAGGGAUACUCUGGCAAGUUCGACGAUGCCACCAUUGAGGCUAUCAAGGCCAGCCCUGAGGUCGCUGCCGUUGAGCGUGACGAGAUCUACACUCUGAGCGCCCUUGUCACCCAGACUGGUGCUCCCUGGGGUCUCGGAACCAUUUCCCACAAGACCUCCGGCUCUACCUCGUACAUCUACGACAGCGCCGGCGGCACUGGCACCUUCGCCUACGUCGUCGACUCGGGCAUCAACACCGCCCACACCAACUUCGGCGGCCGCGCCUCGCUCGGCUACAACGCCGCCGGCGGUGCCCACACCGACACCCUCGGCCACGGCACCCACGUUGCUGGCACCAUCGGCUCCACCACCUACGGUGUCGCCAAGCUUACCUCCCUGAUCUCCGUCAAGGUCUUCGUCGGCAACUCCGCCUCCACCUCUGUCAUUCUCGACGGAUACAACUGGGCCGUCAACGACAUCACCACCAAGGGCCGCGCCGGCAAGUCCGUCAUCAACAUGUCCCUCGGCGGCCCCGCUUCCACCGCCUGGACCACCGCCAUCAACGCCGCCUACAACUCCGGCGUCACCACCGUCGUCGCCGCCGGUAACGAGGCCCAGAACGCCGCCAACGUCUCCCCUGCCAACGCUGCCAACGCCAUCACCGUCGGUGCCAUCACCAGCACCUGGGCCAUUGCUUCCUACUCCAACUACGGAACUUCCCUGGACAUCUUCGCCCCCGGCAGCUCCAUCCUGUCCACCUGGUACACCUCCACCACCGCCACCAACACCAUCUCCGGUACCUCCAUGGCCUCCCCCCACGUCGCCGGCCUCGUCAACUACCUCCAGUCCGUCGAGGGCCUCAGCACCCCCGCCUCCAUCGUUGCCCGCAUCAAGGCUCUCGGUACCUCUGGCAAGAUCACCGGUACCCUCAACAGCUCCCCCAACCUGGUUGCCUACAACGGCAACGGCGCGUAAGCGGUUUCUCGUCAAGAACCGGCAAAUUUC